GCUCCUCCUGGUCGGCUCCGCCCUGGUUGUGUUCAUGUGAAUCUGACUGGUGCGGGUCGCUGGGUCUGGUCAUCGCUGUGAGAGGCGGAGGGAGAAGCGAGAGAGAGAGAGAGAGAGAGAUAGAGAGAGCACAGACAAGGGCAUCAGCCGGGGAGGAGGUGACCGAGGGAGAGGCCGAGCCAUGGAGUACCAGGAAAUACUACACUUUUACAAAAAAAGUGCUUUGGUGUGUUUAGACAAGGGAAGGAGCUUCGUGAACUCACAGUGCAAAGGGCUGGAACCAUGGCAGAUCAUCGCUUUCACAGCUAUAGCUAUUCUGCUGGCAGGGUGGCUGCACAAAUUCUUAUUUCAGAGGGAAAGUAUUCCCUCAAGACUUAAAACGUUAUUUUUUAAAAUCGUAAGAAAAUUGCCAUUUGUGGGUUCUGCAAUACAGAAACAGCUUGACAAGGCAAUGGAUGACCUGACUACCAGUGUUACAACUCUUAAAGCAGGAAUGACAUACAUCAAGGCACUGCCAUCUCAUGGAUUGAAGGAGACUGACUUAUUAGCAAAACUUAAAGAGUACACCUUAUUAGGGCACAUUCAUUGGGAGGAUGGAAAAGUGUCUGGGACAGUGUAUAGUGGAGACGAACAACUCACAAAAUUGAUGGUGAAGGUGUAUGGAGACUUUGCUUGGAGUAACCCUCUCCACCCAGAGAUCUUCCCUGGGGUGCGAAAGAUGGAGGCUGAAGUUGUUCGGAUGGUUUGCACUCUAUUCCAUGGCGGCCCAGAUUCCUGUGGUGCGGUGACAUCUGGUGGUACAGAGAGCAUUCUGAUGGCUUGCAAAGCUUACAGAGAUCUAGCAGCUGAAAGAGGAAUCCAGUACCCAGAAAUAAUUGCCCCAGUAAGUGCUCAUGCUGCUUUUGACAAGGCUGCUCAUUAUUUUGGAAUGAAGAUGGUACACAUUCCCUUGAACAAAACAAUGGAAGUAGAUGUAAAGGCAAUGAAGAGAGCCAUUUCAAAAAAUACGGUCAUGCUUGUCUGCUCGGUGCCACAGUUUCCUCAUGGAGUUAUGGACCCAGUAGAAGAUGUUGCGAAGCUGGCUGUGAAAUACAAAAUCCCCUUGCAUGUUGAUGCCUGCCUGGGAGGAUUCCUCAUUGUUUUUAUGGAGAAGGCUGGUUUCCACUUGCCACUCUUUGACUUUCGUAUUGAGGGAGUGACGAGCAUUUCUGCAGAUACGCACAAGUAUGGAUUUGCACCCAAAGGUUCCUCUGUUAUACUAUACAGUGAAAAGAAAUACCGUCGCUACCAAUUCUUUGUUGCCCCAGACUGGCAAGGAGGUAUCUAUGCAUCGCCCACAAUUGCUGGUUCCCGACCUGGUGGGAUCAUUGCAGCUUGCUGGGCAACUAUGAUGCACAUGGGAGAGAAUGGUUAUGUUCAGACGACUAAGAAGAUAAUUAAAACUACAAGACACAUAGAAGCACAGUUGAAGAAGGUGCAAGGAAUCUUUGUCUUUGGAAAGCCUCAAGUGUCAGUAGUUGCUCUUGGAUCCAAAAUCUUUGAUAUUUUACGCUUGUCAGAUGCACUGACGUCCAAAGGAUGGAAUCUGAACACAUUGCAGUUUCCUUCCAGCAUUCACAUAUGUGUGACACUUUUGCACACAAAACCAGGAAUUGCUGACAAUUUUAUAAAAGAUGUUCGAGAAUGUGUAGCUGAAAUAAUGAAGAACCCCAGUGAGAAAACUACAGGCAAGGGGGCUAUAUAUGGCAUGGCGCAAUCCAUUCCAGAUCGUUCCUUGGUGACCGAGAUAUCACAAGGAUUCUUAGACUGUCUGUACUGUACAGACCUUCCUGGUGAAAACAAAAAGCACAUGAACGGUGCAUCAGCACAUCAUUAGAAACAAACAAAAAUCUUGAUUUGAAUACUGUAUUGGGAAAGUAAUCUGAAAACUGAUGUUAAGAGAAUUGAUUUCUAGUGUUUGAUUUUGCACAAUCAAUGCAAAUCUGGGAAAAUGCAAUCCAAGAUUUAGUUGGACCACUUCUGUGAUAUUUGUACCAUUUUCAAAACCCAAAUGCCUUUGCUUUUUCCUUUUUUCCCCUUAUAAGCCCCCAAAUAAUAUCUUGGUUUGAAAUCCUUAUUUUCUGCCAUUAUUUUUGAAAAUCAUGAAAUAUUUAGAAUGAUUUCAAAAUGCAGUCCAGUAAUGUGACCAUUGGCUUACUUAUGCACUGAUAAAUUGGAAGAUGCAAAAGACAAUGGCAUUCACCUCAAUGCCUUCUAAAAAUGUCUUGAUGGAAAUCUCUUGAAGGAGCGAUUUUGCACAAGGUUAAAACAAAUGCUGCUAUUUGUGACUAUUUAUCUAACAAAAAUUGGGGAUAACUUUGCAGCAAAGAGAAACAGCAAGUUGGUGCUCCAAUGUGGUUUCCUAUUCGUGGCGGGUUGAAAGUUUUCCAUCUCAACUUUGCUUUCAGGGUAAGUGCCAAGCAGAGGCUUGUACGAGGGAAAAUGGGUAGUUGGAUCACAUGAGCACACUUCCUUGCAGCCAGUCUGAAUGGUAUUGAUAAAGGCCUGUGAACCGGUUGCUCACUUGGCCUCCCUCUCGACUUUGGAAUUAUGGAAAAAAANUCAAGCAUUACAAAAGCUCUGAAGUUGAAACUAGAGAUGAUUACAGUAAAUAAUUGGACAAUGACUAUUUGGAGGGUUGGGGCUAAAGUGAGGGUAGAAAGAAACCCAAAUCAUUAGUUGUCCGUUUUUGAUUAACAGGAUUGCAUAAAACUAGUGUUAAUUGCAAUCAGGUUGCUUACUGUGUUUGAUACUGUGUCUGAUCUUGGCUUCAUAUGGAAUCCAGAAAGCUACUGAGGCAGUUUAACCCUAAACAUACUUUACAAUUGUGAAGGAAAGAAAUAUGACUCUUAGUUGGUGUGAGUGUCAGUGUGAUUUUAAUUAAAAGCAACAUCGCUCUUUUAAGAUACAAAUACAUCAACUCAUGAAAAAAAAAUCCAUAUCUGUGCCUAAGUAUCUUCUUUAAUAUUGAAUUCAAAAGAUGGAUCACUUUAGAUUAUGUGCUAGGAUUUUUGAAUUGCAUUUGUUUUUCAGUUGCCUGUAAUUUUGUGUGACCAGUUGGACUAGGACUGUAAUUGGUGUAAAAUCUUGUGGGAAGGGCAUUGAUGUUUUGAAAAGCUGUUUUUUUUUAUUUGUACUGUAUCAACUGCUAGACUUUGUCAUGCACUGGUGUACGUUUUAGAAAUGAGUGUGCUGAGAAUUAACGGUACUUCAGACGUAUUUUAGACUUGCUGAUUCUUAUUAAUCUUUAUCUUUGAACAUAAUGCUUUUGUUAAUCAGUCCAACAUUCACUGUACAUAUAAUAGUAAUAUUAGUCUUCAUCCAUUUUCAGAUGUACUUUUCCAUGGUUAAUUGCACAUUCACCUGUUACUCAGUGUUGGUUGGUUAGUGAUCAACACUGGAGGACUUUUGCAAUUUCUUUUCUUAAUUUAGUAGUCAUGAUCAACUGCUGCCUGCAGAAAAGCAAACCUGAGAAAACAAAGUUGUGCUAAUUAGAAUUUGUAUCUGCUUGAAUUGGCCUCAAGACUGGCCUGUGGCAUGAUGGCUGUGUCACAAUUUAAGCUAAAUAUAUGCACAAAUGUCUGAACUAGUCAGAGCAGUUGAAUUACAGCUAUCUCUGUUGGCUACCAAUUAUUCUACUUCCCCUCCCCCACGCACACUCCCUCCAUCCCUAAUGUUCUCUGGAGCAAAGAAAAUGUAAAAUGUUUUUCUAAAUGGUUGUUGGAUUACCUGUACAGAUUUACUGUGCCCAUAGCGUGGUGAUGUGUUUCACGUUCCACUGAGGGAAGUGCAGUCUUGUUGAUGUACUAAACAAGACUUGCAGGACAAACUUGUUGUUCAGAGAUAGCUAACUUAAAAUAGUUUUUAAACUAGAAACAUGACGGUUGAGGUUCUAUAAGUGGAGUCCUGAGGCUCAGUGGUUAGAGCACUCGCUUUGCAAGCGAG